AUGCGACGUCAUUUGUUUGAUAUGUUAUCUCGAGGUGUAUUAGAACUUUUCCCAUCAACUAACACCGCAAGAAGAGCUGGCCGGCCACCAGCAAAUUUGUUCCUUAAUAUACUAGCAAAGAAAGAAAAAUGUAAAAUUAAGGAUGCCGAAAAGAAAAAAAAAACAAAAGGUCUCAAAAGACACAGUCUCAAGAAACUGAAAGUCAAAACUUCAUCUGAGCAAGAGAGCAAUGUUGAUGAGAUCCCUGAUGAAAAUCCUGGUGGUACAGAAAUUCUGUUAGAUGAAAACCAAGACCUAACAAUAGUUAUGGCUCCAGGAGAAGACCCGUUUGCGUGCGCAGUAUAUAUUGUUGACUAUAUUAACAAGGCUGACCGAAGGAUGUCUCGUCUUUUGCGUGAAGCUUUCGACGAAGCUAAAAAAGGAAAUAAAAGUGUUAAAGAUUCAUUAAGAAUAGUAUCUAAUCGAAGCGAGGAGGAAGAAUUACUAAAUCCCAACAUUAAUAUAAAGGACAUAUUUGAUGAGUAUAAAGAAAGAAUAAAGGCCGAAAGUAAACAAUUCAAUAAACUAGGUGAUGCUGUAAUGUUUGAAACAUUGCUAACAGAAAUAAGAAAUUUAGAAUUAAUAAACGAAGAAGAAGAUUUGCAAGGAAGAGGAGUCAACGUGGAUGUAUUUGAAGGCUUUGAAUUUGAGACAAAAACAGUAGAUAUAGCAGAAGACCUCAUUCCGGGCGGAAAUCCCGGGCCGCAAUUGUGUGGUGACCCCUCAACUUUCAUUGCGCAACCACCUCUCUUGUCCCAUGACGAUUUUUUGAUUCUAACUAGAAAACUAAAUGAUGCUCAAAGAGACACGUUAUUUCAUAUUUGUCAACACUUUUCCAUUACUUCUCCACAUCCACUAUAUUUAUUUAUCAGUGGUGGGGCUGGCGUUGGCAAAAGUGUUCUGAUUAAAGCAAUUUAUCAAUGCCUAACUCUCUUAUUUAACAGAGAAGCUGGUAGUAAUCCCAAUGAAUUAAAAAUACUUUUAACAGCCUUUACCGGUAAAGCUGCAUUCGGAAUAGGAGGGUAA